UCCUCCGGGUGUUCUAAGUACCAUGUUCGCCACUCUGGCUUUGGACCCUUUACAAAAGGUGCUUUCUCUGAUCGCUACAGAAUGAAAAAUAUACCCAGGGGUGAUGCUAUUAUCAUCAACAAUGUAAAUUAUGGAGGUUCGAAUAAACGAAAAGGAAGUGAUUCAGACGCAGAGAAACUUACAAAGAUAUUCCACGACGUUUAUUUUAAUAUUUCAAUGAAAAGAGACUUGGAGUCCCAUGAAAUAUUUGAUGUAAUACGAGAAAUGUCAUCAAGGGACCAUAGUGAGUCUGAUGCAUUUGUAUGCUGCAUAUUAGCCCAUGGCUCAGAGAAUGCUGUUUAUGGAAUAGAUCGGAAGGAGAUACAAAUUCGUGAUGUUAUCAACCUAUUCAUAGGCACUCAUUGCAAAAGUUUGGCUGGAAAACCCAAGCUGUUUUUAGUUCAAGCUUGUCAGGGUGAUGAUGAUCAUAUCAUGGUGCGAAGUCAACGGGACUAUGUAGCUGAUGGGAUUAAAUAUGUACCUAACGAAGCUGACAUGUUGUUAGCUCUCUCAACAAUGCCCGGCUAUUACUCAUAUAGGAAUGAGAUUCUCGGUAGCUGGUUUAUCCAAUCGUUCGUCAAACACUUCGCUGAAAACUACAAAAAUACACACCUUUUGGACAUCCUUACUUUGGUAUCGAGUGAGGUAUCAGAACGUGGACAAAUGCCACUUGUAAUCAGUACCUUGCGCAAACAUCUGUACUUUUGACUUGAAAAAUGUGACUGAUU